AUGCAGCAGCAUCCUCCUGGGCCCAGAAUUUCCGCAGGGCCGGAGAUGACGAUGCAGCUCGAUGGCGUCGAGUACAUUCUGAUCCCAAACGAUGUCAACUUCUUUCUCAAUGUUGAUUCCUCAUCUCCUGUGCCGUUUCUCCUCUAUGCUCUCUACCUUUAUCAGGUCGUAACCUCAGAUUCUCUCAGCGACUUCUUCCUCGACUUACUGAUGCGCGACGAUGUCUACCAACGUAAAUUCGCCUCCAGGCUCGUAUUGCUUAUGCCGGGUUUUGAGUCAGGGUUUGUGACAUGGGGUGUUGAUCACCACGAAUGUGUUCCCGGUGAUCAGAAAGUUGCCUCUGGGCCCUACGUGUUCUUCCAGCAAAGGGUUUGGCAGCCUUGGAGAGUCUAUCAUGAUCACAAGGCCACCUUCAUGUGUACCUUCAAAGCCAACCCUAAGAAGUUUGGCCGAUAA